CAAACAGCAACAACAAACUAUCCCAAGAGCACGCCAAGAGCAACCCCAACAAGAGAACUAACCCAGAGAAUAGUAACGGUGCAAACGCAAGCAACAACUACACCGAGAACCGAAAAUCUCAGAGAUAUAAUAUUGAUGAUCCAGGAGCCAGCACGAGUACAGGCAACAACAUACGAGGAAGUGCAGAGCGACGUGAGAACCGCUGGCGAGAGAACCUUAUCGUCCAAUUGCAAUUGCUCGCGGAUGAGAACAGAGCCAACGGCGACGACGAAGGAUUUACCACGGUCGACAACGGCUUUAACGUGCACAACCAUACCGAUCGUUAUAAAUACGCAUCCCAAUCCGAGAAUAAUCUUGAUCAAGGUGCCCAAUCGAAGCAGCAGCAACAACAGCAGCAGCAACAGCAACAUCAACAACAACCAAAACCACACCUGCAACAGCAGCAACAGCAACUGCAGCAGCAGCAACAACACGUGCAACCGGGCAGAGUUAACAGCGCCUCGAACUCGGCUAAUAAGAAUACCCUUUUUACCAGGGUCGGUACCAACACCGCCAUCAACGAACCAGGCUUUGCCUACGGCGAGCUCUUUAGUAAGCUCUACAACUUCGGCGACAGCAUCCCGUAUCGCGACGCAAACCUUGCCAGCGACUGGGACAAUAUACCCAACAGAGAGGUACUUGAGCAGUUCAGAGUCGCAGAAAAACCAAGUCGCGAUCGACCCGAAAAUAGGUCCACCGACAACGGUGAAUCAAACGGUCCAGGUUUCGAGCCACCAUCAGCAGCAGCCACAAACGUUGGCUUCAAUGGCUGGUGUAGAACUGACAGGUGCCGACAUGCUGUCCCACCAGGAUAUGAGUGGAGCAAUGCCUACUGCUACAGUUGAAGAGAUAGAUGUUCCGGUGUUCAUUGAUGAAUACCUGCAAAACAUAGAAGCAUCGUCGUCAACGAGCUGCAGCAGCAAAACAGAGGAAAACGGAAAAGAGAUUUGUAGUGAGACGGAUAUAUUUGACUUUGACUUUGAUAUAAACUUGAUUGCCGAGGAUCUCAUUGAGCGGAAGGAAAUGAAUCAGUGCAGUCAGGAUAUGGAUAUCAACAACAGCGACAACAUCAACAACAACUUUACAUACAUGGAUGAACUACAGUUUCCAUUGGACGAGGGAGGAGAGGAGAUGACACUUGACGUCAGCUCAAUGUGCAACGGCAUCGAAUUUUCAACCGAGGAUGAGCCCGAUCUGUUGAUCAGCUCACAGAAUCCCAUGUUCCCCUGCUACUCGCAGGGCUCCGAACUACCCUCCAGUCAAACAAAAUGCUUCCACGAGUUACCAUUGUUGGCUGACGAGAAUAGCUUGGAGACCACCAACUACUAUGGCUCUAGCCAGGCUUCACUUGGCUUCGGCCUCGGGCUCGGCCAGCUGGAGCUUUCUAGCGAGGGAGUUAGUGUCGUCUGCCAAGAAGCCACAACCUCCACACAGUGCCUGGGCGUUAAACGCUCAGCUGCUGCCGCUGGCCUAAUGCCCAUUAUCGAUUCGAUGCCACCAAAACGCAGUAACCUUAUACUUAAUAUCAACAAGUCGCAUGUUCACCAACCAGAAAUCGUCAACACACCUGAUAUAAUCGAGCAAGUUCUCAAGUUGAGUGAGCAAAACCAAGCGACUAGCUUCACCACCCAGGAUAAGAUUUAUGAGGAUCUGCGCAGCACCGAGGAGAACACCACCUUCAGUGACACUCAAGACUUCUCAGCGCCAAAUACACCAUACAGCGCUUACUCCGUCAGCACCUCCACCACCUCCAAUGCACCCACCUGCCUUACCGGCUUCGCCGGCCUCAUCACCGCUCCAGUAUCGCCUGCAUUUUCAACAGCCAGCACAUCUCAGUUCAGUUCCGCCACAUCGAACAACAACGGCACCAAGCGUAAGCGCGGUCGUCCUGCCAAGGAGCAUGCCGAUGGCCCCGAUCCCGAAUUGAUGUCGAGACUGCAAGGUGAUGAGCUUAAACUGUAUCAGGAUCGCCUUAAGAACAACGAGGCGAGUCGCGUUUCCCGUCGGAAGACGAAGAGUCGCGAGGAUGCUGAGAAACUGGAGGAGGAGAAUUUGCUGACUAUUUCCCGAGAUCUUACUGCCAUUCUACAAAAGGUUGAGGCUGACAAGAAGAUGCUCGAACACCAUCUUAUGCAAAUGCACCACCGCAAUAGCACUUAUGUCAAGCCCGAACCGGAGCACUAAGAUUCUCAGAAACACCCAAGCGUGUUGCCAUAGUAGUCAAACUGUCGUACCUCCUCUCUCAUGUCGCAUAUUGCGACACAUUACUUUAGAUGUAAACUAGUGUGUAAUCCAAUGUAAAGUUAGUAUUGAUGUCGAAGUCGCUGCAUGACGUGGCACCCCCGAUACGGGGUGCCACACAAAAAAUGAUGAACUACCAACAAGAUCAAAUCAAUUUCGGGAAAAUUGAUUAAAAACAAACAACCCCCACAUAUGUUAUAGACACUUAUUGUAGUAAUUAUGCAUACUUACAAAAUGCGCCACAAAUUCAAUGGAAUGCGCGAGAUUUUUUUAAAAAUUCUUUUAAACACAUUUUUUUUAAUAUUACAUGAUUUUUAUUACGUUUGCAAUUGUCAAAUUUUAACCACAUGUUUCUAUUCAUACUUAUGUUUUAUGUAUUAAUUGUAAUCCACUUAAUAUUGCGCUCAAUGCGAAAUGCAAGCGAUUAAUUACAAUUAUUAUUAUAAAUACAAUGUAUACCCAUAUAUCAUGAAAAUGAACACAAAAAUUGUUACAAUCAAAAAAAGAAAAAACCAAAAAACCCCACAAAAAAAGAAAACAUUGUUGAGAAUGCAUAAAUAUAUAUUCCAGUUAUUUUAAGAAUUACAUUUAUAUAUG